GAUGAGGUGACUGCUCCAAUUGGAGACGCCAGGCAGGGCAGAGGGCUAGUUCGAAGGGUGUUGGAGGAAGGAUGAGCGAAGCCUUCGCGAGGAAGCGGGCGACUCCAACUUUCCCGUCGUUGCCGAACCGACUUACUUUUUUGGUCGGCCCCAACGCCACUUUGGGAAAUGGGUUGGCUUCCCCACUCGCCGAUAAGGAGGGGUUGCGUCUCCAACCAGUGAUCCCAUCCCUGCUAUAAAGCCCAUCGGCGCGAUGAUAGACGCUCCACGUUCUCGACUCGUGGGCUUCCCUUUCGUCCGGACCGUUGAAAAUGACGAUGACGCAAAGAUAUACCUUCCCGGGAGUUGCCGUCAUCACGGGGGCCGGUGGUACAGGGAUCGGUGCAGCCGUCGCAAAAAGCUUCGCGUCGACAGGAUGCGAACGAAUUGCCAUUACAGACCUCAAUCUCAACUCUUUGGAUCAGACCCGACAGGCCAUUCUUGCCUCUCACCCCCAAGCCCGCCUGGUGAUCAAGGCGGGCGACAUAUCCGACGAGAGCUUUGUCGAGUCCUUCAUCGAUGAGGUGGUAGCUUCCUUCGGAAGGGUGGAUUACGCCGUGAACUGUGCCGGGAUCCUGGGAGACGCACUGCGAUCAACCGAAACGCCCACGGCGAUCUUCGAUCAGAUCAACAAUGUCAAUUAUCGGGGCUCGUGGCUCUGCUCCCGAGCGGAAUUGGGACAGAUGGUGAGGCAAGAUCCGUUAGCGAGCCAUGAUCCGACGCGUGCACCCCAACGAGGAGCUAUAGUCAACGUCGCGAGCCAGCUGGGGAUCGUCGGGCGUCCCAGCGCGCCUGCGUACUGUGGCUCCAAAGCUGCUGUGAUUGCAAUGACCCGUUCCGAUGCAAUUGACUAUUCGGAGGAUGGCAUUCGGGUGAACUGUGUUUGCCCGGGGGUCAUCGAAACGCCAAUGACGACAUACAGUGAAGAGGUCCGGGAGCGUCUCAGACCCGCGGUUGAGAUUGCUCCUAUGAAAAGAAUGGGGAAGCCGGAAGAGGUUGCCGAUGCGGUGCUCUUCUUAUGUUCGCCUUUGGCAUCGUUUGUGCAGGGCCAUGCGCUUGUGGUGGACGGAGGGUAUGUUAUAAACUAGUUAAAGAGCCCUGACACUGGACUGGCGAGAACUUAUGAAACUACUAAUUUCGGUGAGAGACUAAAUUGUAAACCGGCUCAUGUCCAUCUCUCGCCUUGUACUUACAUCAACGCUGAGAAUGGAAGAGGUUGAUAAGC